UGGAAGCUUACUUCCUCCAGGAAUUUCAGUGUGUGUGUAACAGUAAUCGCAGCACCUGUAUAAAUACCCUUAACUGGAUUACAGCAUGUAUCUCAUUUACAUGAAACAAUCAACUUCGUCCAGAAAAAAGCAAGGAAUCAAUACAUAUAUGGAAGGAAAGAAUAGCAGCAGUGCUACGCGGGGCGGUGUGUCUUCAACCUACAGGGGCGUGCGUAAGAGAAAAUGGGGCAAAUGGGUGUCUGAAAUUCGUGAGCCUGGAAAAAAGACUAGAAUCUGGUUAGGGAGCUUCGAGACACCUGAAAUGGCAGCCGCAGCGUAUGAUGUAGCAGCGUUACACUUGCGGGGACGAGAGGCACGCCUUAACUUCCCAGAGUUGAUCGAUUGUCUUCCCAGGCCACCCAGUUCCAAUGGUGAGGACAUCCGAAUGGCGGCUCACGAGGCGGCCCUGCGGGUCAGGACGAAUGCUGCAGGGUCGUCGUCUGAGGCUGGCGCCAGCAGCUCCAGUGUUGGCCCUGUCACGGUUAGGUUGUCUCCGACCCAAAUUCAGGCCAUCAACGAGUCCCCUCUGGACUCUCCCAAGAUGUGGAUGCAAAUGUCGGAGGCACUGAUGAUGGACGAGGCAAUGAUGUUCUGCAAUGAAAAUGGGGAGAAUGAGUGGGAUGACAUGCAGAAUGACUCUCUUUGGGAUCCUUAGGUAAUGUUUUUCUACUUAGAACUAAUGGCAAAUAUACAUUAACAGAACAGGAAUGAGUGACAUUUACUACAUUUUUUACCAAUUAGGUUUUAAUAUCUAUGAAUAAACAAUCAACAAUCAAUGAAAAGGUUUGACUCCUGAUUGAUUUCAGUGCUUCAAAUCUUGGGUUGACCGUUGAGCUAACUGUUUGAUGGAAUAGUGUGAAGAACAAUAGUGUUGGGUUUGUGUAUUAUCUCUGAGCCUACAGGAAGGCCACUUGUCAUCAUUAUAGAGACAGGGGAGAGAUUUGGGUGGGUCCCAAGCCGUAAGAGGUCUUCUCUUCUACUAGUGGAUGAGAUUUUUCUUCAAUCUCUGACAGGACCAACGAACCACUCACAUAUUGGCUACUUUCUUUUUUUGCUUUAAUCAGCUAUGGAAAUGGUGUGCUUUGAUUUGUUUUAUAUUAUGUAGUAAUAUUCAGCUAUUGUAACUGAAUUCUAUUUAAUUAUAAUUUUUUUUUGCUUAUUGUAUUCUUGUUUUCAAUAUUUUAUGUUCCUUGGUUUAUGAAACCAUAAUAAUAGUAUUUUAUUUCUGGUGA